CAUUAGUCAAUCCUUGGUCAAGGCCGCCUAUGAACUUUUAGUGACAGAAACGGCGCGGAAAGGGUUCACAAGUUGUUUUUUGCUUGCUUUUUUGUGCACAGUUUGUUGCUUACUUAGAAGUGUCCGUGUUAUAUCAUGCAAUUCUGAAUUAUUUGCCCUUCCAUUAUCUCUUUUUUCAUUAACGAUUGUGGCAGCGCAUUGGAAAAUAUACUGACUUGCGCCAGGUGGUCUGUCGUGUGCGACCCGCGCCGGCGCCGCUCCCGGCACCUGAAGAGGCAUGCUGAUUCAGACGGGCGCCAGUCCGCCGUGCAGCCCGGUCAUGGCCGGCAAGCCGCCGCCGCCGCCGGAGCGCGUCAAAUGCGUGCUGGUCGGAGACGGCGCCGUGGGAAAAACGUCCAUGGUGGUCAGCUACGCCACCAACGGCUACCCGAGCGACUACCAGCCAACGACCUAUGACGACUACAACGUGGAUGUGGUGGUGAACGGAAGGCCCGUCAAACUACAGCUCUGUGAUACGGCCGGUCAGGAGGACUUUGACUGGCUGCGGCGGGUCUGGUACUCGGACACAGACGUCUUCGUGGCCUGCUUCAGCGUGGUGUCGCCGAGCUCAUUCCAGAACGUGCCGCAGAAAUGGGUGCGCGAGAUCCGCGAGUACCACCCGCAGGCGGCCAUCGUGCUGGUCGGAACACAGUCCGAUCUGCGCUCCAACGUCAAGGUGCUAAUAGAGCUGGACAAGUACCGGGAGGUACCGGUCACGGAGGCAGACGCCCGUCGGCUGGCACACAACAUUGGCGCCGACACCUACAUCGAGUGCUCGGCGCUGACGCAGAAGAACAUAAAGGAAGUGUUCGACCAGUGCAUUCUCAGCGGGCUGGAGGCGCGGCGCCGCCCUCCGCCGCCGCCGCCCGGCCACAAGAAGCGGCGCGGCUGGCGGCGCUGGCUGUGCAUGUGACUGUGACUGCGAGUGUCUGUGAAGGGACGCAGGCGGAGCGCCCCACCGCCCAGGGACGGUCGCCGACCGGCGGCGGGGAUAGCUCCGCAAAAGUGCCGCCGCAUUUUCCACAUACUGUUGUCGUCUAUGUUUUACACCGUGUAUAAUGAUAAUUUUUAUGUCUUUAUCGCUGUGCCGCGUCGUUGAGAGCCGCUCGUUAAUAUUAUGUUAUAUACUUAGUGCCUCAGAGUUGUGCCGCUGCCCUGGCGUCGAAUACUCAGCGCUGCGCCGUGAGUAGUGCUGCGGGCGCCGGUGGCUGCAGCUCGGCAGUGUACUGCGGGGGGCUGUGCGCAGCUGGGGAGGGGCGGAGGACGUGUGGUCGGUGGAGGUCUGAGGGAGACAGAGGGCAGCUGCAGCCGGGGGCGGCGCGUUGUUGAUGGUUGUUACUGGUGGCGGACCGACGGGUCCUGUACCGGCCCUAUUGGGCGCGGCGGGUGAAGAGACCGGCGGCUUUCAGUGUGUGCCCGGGCCGGGUCGGCGGCCCCUGUGAUGAGCGCUCGGCGCCCGGGAAACGGGCGGCCCCACGUGCCACUCAACGUGCCUGAAUACAAAACGUUCCAGCUUU